GGUUGGCCUUUCCUGGCUGUCAGCAGUCGAGCUUAGUUGGUCGGUGAGAAGCGACGAGUGUGCUGAAAAAGAUAUCAAAAUAACUCCAUAAAUAGGCCACAAAAUUGUCGAGAAACCAUACAGGGAGUUACGAGAGUGUGUGAAUUCGUCGCGAGAGAAUGUCUUACUCCAGCAAGUUCAUCUAUGCCACACUGCCCAGGACCCAGAGAGGUCAGCCCAUCGUCCUGGGCGGCGAUCCGAAGGGGAAGAACUUCCUCUACACGAACGGCAACUCGGUGAUCAUCAGGAACAUCGAGAAUCCUGCCAUCGCCGACAUCUAUACGGAACACUCAUGUGCUGUGAAUGUGGCGAAAUACUCGCCAAGCGGCUUCUACAUCGCCUCGGGAGAUCAAUCUGGGAAGAUUCGCAUCUGGGACACGGUAAACAAGGAACAUAUCCUGAAGAAUGAGUUUCAACCGAUCGGCGGGCCGAUCAAGGACAUCUCCUGGUCACCGGACAACCAGCGCAUCGUGAUUGUGGGUGAGGGUCGCGAGAGAUUCGGACAUGUGUUCAUGGCUGAGACGGGAACGUCCGUUGGUGAGAUCAGUGGCCAGUCGAAGCCGAUCAACUCUUGUGACUUCCGUCCGAGUCGCCCAUUCAGGAUUGUCACGGGCAGUGAGGACAACACGAUUGCCGUGUUCGAGGGACCUCCGUUCAAGUUCAAGAUGACCAAGCAGGAGCACACGAGAUUCGUUCAGGCCGUCCGCUACUCGCCGAGUGGCAGUCACUUCGCUUCCGCGGGCUUCGACGGCAAGGUGUUCCUGUAUGAUGGGCAGUCGUCGGACUUUGUGGCUGAGUUCGGGAGUCCAGCGCACAAGGGUGGCGUCUAUGCUGUAGCGUGGAAAGGUGACGGAAGUCAAUUGCUGACGUGUUCGGGAGAUAAAACAUGUCGUCUGUGGGACGUGUCCACGCAACAAUUAAUCUCUGAAUUCCCGAUGGGAACAACUGUGGACGAUCAGCAGGUGUCGUGCCUCUGGCAGGGAGAUCACCUCCUGACCGUGUCUCUGUCGGGUUUCAUCAACUACUUGGACGUGAACAAUCCCACGAAACCGCUGAGAGUGGUGAAGGGUCACAACAAACCAAUCACUGUCUUGACGCUGAGUGAGGAUCGCAGCACGAUUUACACGGGCAGUCAUGAUGGUGCGAUUACCAAUUGGAAUUCUGGGAACGGCGUGAAUGAUCGCGUUGGCGGAAUGGGGCAUGGAAAUCAAGUGAAUGGUAUCAAACCAUUGGGAGAAGAUGUCUACUCUUGUGGUAUUGACGACACUCUCAGGCAGAUUAAUGUAGAGGGAAACACUUACACGGAUGUCGCGGUGAAGCUCAACUGCCAGCCGAGGGGCUUGGAUGUGCUCAAGGAGCAGAACAUGGUGAUUGUGCCCUGUGUCAAGGAAAUCACUGUCGUUCAGGACAACCGCAAAGUCUCUACUCUUCCCAUCAAGUAUGAGUCCAGCUCUCUGGCCGUCAAUCCGGAAACCCUUGAAGUGGCCGUCGGUGGGGAUGACAGCAAGGUUCACGUGUACUCACUGGCCGGCACCAAUUUGGAGCACAAGCUCGACUUGGAUCAUCUCGGUCCAGUGACUGAUUGCGUGUACUCGCCGGAUCACAAGUACUUGGUGGCCUGCGAUGCCAACCGGAAGGUCAUUCUCUAUGGUUUGCCAGAAUACAAACCACCACAUAACAAGGAAUGGGGCUUCCACAAUGCUCGUGUCAAUUGCGUGUCUUGGUCACCGAAUUCUCUCCUUGUGGCCAGUGGUUCUCUCGAUACCACAAUCAUCAUUUGGUCUGUCACCAAUCCGGCCAAACACACCAUUAUCAAGAACGCCCAUCCGCAGUCACAAAUCACUCGCCUCGUGUGGCUAGAUAAUGAAACUGUGAUCUCAACUGGUCAGGAUUGCAAUACAAAAGUGUGGCAUGUGGACGCUAUCUAGACUGGAAGAG